GGCAGUGGCGUGCACCGGGGCCAGGAUAGGCUCCCUGCAUGCCUGCCCUGUCCCCGGCCCCGCGCCGCUCCAGAAAGCGCUGCGGCCCCCGGGGGACGGGGAGUGGAGGGCUAUGUGUGUGCUGCCCUUGCCGCACCUCCAGGUACCUCGCCCGAAGCUCCCAUUGGCUGCAGUUCCCCAUUCCUGGCCAAUGGGAGCUGCAAUGGGCAGUGCCUGGAGGAAAGGGCAACGCACACGGAGCCCUCUGCUCCCCCGCCCAGGGGCCGGUGCUGAGAGUGGUGCUGGGCCCGCAGCACCACGGGGGGCAAUCCCGCAGGCUGGAUCCAAAGCUCCAAGGGACUGUGGCUGGCCCGCAGGCCAUAGUUUGUUCACCCCGGUAUAGUCCAGAGUCCAGAGGUUUGGGCAGGAAAGAGGCUGGAGCAAGAUAGAGGCAAAAUGGAGGUGUUUCCAGGGCCUUUUAUAUCUUCUGCCAUGUGGAGGGAAACCCACUGUUUUAAACAAAAAACUCAGCACAGCUAGUGGAAAAUUACAGGUGACAAGAUAGUGUUUGGAGUCACAUGGGCAAGUCACAUGUCCAUGCAUGAAGGUUUGGACACAGUAGAAGCUAUUACCUAUACCUCAAACAAUACAUUUACAGGACAGUCCAUUCAGUGUAGAUGGGCGUCUCCCAUGGUCCAUUGUCAGUCAAGUGUUUCUUGAUGAGCCACUUAAUUUGAAUAGUCCCUCCAAGAUGUGCUGGCUAACUACCUUAUGGGCGUUACCCCAGGAGCAAACAUUUGAAAUCCAGGUAUAGAUUAUUCAUAACAUCAAAUAAAAAAAUGAUACAUGCAUACAGAUAGCAUAAUCAUAACUCGCAAAUCAUAACCUUUUAAUGGACAACCUUGCAUGCCACAUUUUGUACAAGAUUUGUUGCAAAUAUAUAACAGUGGUUGCAACUAUAUAGUCAUAUUUUAAUCAGAUAACAUCACACCCUGUUAGAUCAGCUUUCAGAUGAACCGAGAAAGGAGGGGAAGUGCAUCAUGUCUGAGCUUCAGAUGGUGGCCAAGCCCACUUUCUAUGUUGUGGUUGAGGCUUCUGAUACAGCUGCCAGGUCUGUGAUUAUUCUGUGUUGAUCCUCCUAGCUGAUGAACUCCAGUUUGCUAUGGGAGGCUCUGACCAAAGUAAAGGACUUCCUGUGUGGGGGACCCAAUUUGUUAAUGAAAGGACAUAGGAUAUCUUGAAGAAGGUAAAAGUCUAUUGGGCAACACUCAGGUCUCUGGGUCUCUGCAUGCCUUUAGUUAGAAGCACAUCCACUUCCUUUGGGAUCCAAAGCUCUUCCCAACUUCCAGGGGAUCAGGAGUCUACCCAAAGCCACUCUUCUUUCAGGCAGAAGUCCAAACAUUCCUGCCAACUGUCUGUCCAUGCUUCAUUGGGAGCUCAUCUGCUGCACCAAGCUCCAAGCAGAUAGUUUGAUAGGACACUCAAGAACUUCCAUCUAGUGUCUUGUCUCAGAGCCAUGGUGAGAUUCUUCACCCAGAUUGAAGUCUCUCAGACUCGAUUGUUCAGGAUGCUAGAUCAAGAGGGUCCUGCUGAGGACUAAAAGACACUACUGGAAAGAAAGAAACCUUUAACCAGGGAAACUUGCCUAAUGAACAUGCAAUGCUAUUACAUAGGGCUGUCUGCACCCCUUUACACAGCAUUGCUUCCUAAGUUUGACCCCCUAGAUCAGAUGAGUCAUAUAGCCAAGUUAAUAUGAAGUCACUUUUAACUAACAUUGCUCAAGCUCACAUCCUGCAGGGUCAGUACUGCUUGUUAACUUCCGAAGAGAGAGGAUCCUUAUGGGCAAUUCUUGAAGGAGGAAAAAAAAGGUUAUUUUGACUUUCUGAGAUGAUUGCCAAUACAGAUCAGAACAACCCACCUGGCUUCCCAGCUUCUUCAGAGUCUUAGGUUAAGGAUUCCUAAAUCAGUGGCAGGAACUAGAGGCUGUUGGGAUCGCGGUUGGGACCCACUUUCAUGCCCAGAAAAAACAGAAAUGGAGUGAGUAGCUCUAGCACACAACACUUGCUAGAAGUUUCCAGGGGUGUUGAGCCAUGUAGGCAAUCCUCCCAAAGAAACACGGUUACUAAGGCCUGGUCUACACUACGAGUUUAGGUCGAAUUUAGCAGCGUUAAAUCGAAUUAAGCCUGGACACGUCCACACGACGAAGCCCUUUCUUUCGACUUAAAGGGCCCUUUAAACCGGUUUCUUUACUCCACCUCCGACGAGGGGAUUAGUGCUGAAAUCGGCCUUUGCGGGUUGGAUUUGGGGUAGUGUGGACAGAAUUCGACGUUAUUGGCCUCCAGGAGCUAUCCCACAGUGCUUCAUUGUGACCGCUCUGGACAGCACUCUCAACUCAGAUGCACUGACCAGGUAGACAGGAAAAGCCCUGCAAACUUUUGAAUUUCAUUUCCUGUUUGCCCAGCGAGGAGAGCACAGAUGACCAUGCAGAGCUCAUCAGCACAGGUAACCGUGAUGGAGUCCCAGGAUCUCAAAAGAGCUCCAGCAUGGACCAAAUGGGAGGUACGGGAUCUGCUCACCAUAUGGGGAGACGAAUCAGUGCUAGCUGAACUCCGUAGCAGUAAUGGCAAAAUAUUAGAAAAAGUCUCAAAGGCCAUGAAGGACAGAGGCCAUAACAGGGUCGCACAGCAGUGCCGCGUGAAAAUUAAGGAGCUAAGGCAAGCCUACCACAAAGCCAGAGAGGCAAACGGAAGGUCCGGGGCAGAGCCGCAAACAUGCCGCUUCUACGCAAAUCUGCAUGCCAUGCUAGGGGGUGCAGCCACCACUACCCCAAGCGUCUGCUUUGACUCCAUCAAUGGAGAAUCACGCAACAGGGAAGCGGGUUCGGGAUACGAGGAAGAUGAUGAUGAAGACAAUGAAGAUAGCUCACAGCAAGGAAGUAGAGAAACCGGUUUCCCCAACAGCCAGGAUAUGUUUAUCACCCUGGACCUGAAACCAGUAACCCCCCAAGGUGUGCUCCCAGACCCUGAGGGCACACAAGGGACCUCUGCUGCAAAUGUUUCUCCUUUGCAGAGGCUAGUGAAGAUUAGAAGGAGAAAAUGGCGGACUCGGGAUGAUAUGUUCUCAGAGCUCCAGAUGUCCUCCCACGCUGACAGAGCACAGCAGAAUGCGUGGAGGCAGUCAAUAUCAGAGUGCAAAAAAGCACAAUAUGAACGAGAGGAGAGGUGGCGGGCUGAAUCGCAGGCUGAAGAGAGCAAGUGGUGGGCUAAAGAGGAUAGGUGGCGUCAGCUUGCAGACAGAAGGCAAGAGUCGAUGCUCCGGCUGCUGGAACAUCAAACUGAAAUGCUCCAGCGUAUGGUUGAGCUGCAGGAAAGGCAGCAGGAGCAGAGACCACCACUACAGUCCCUGUGUAACCAACAGUCCUCCUCCCCAAGUUCCAUAGCCUCCUCACCCAGACGCCCAAGAACACAAUGGGGGGGCCUCCGGCCACGCUGCCACGCCACUCCACCCCAGAUGAUUGCCCAAGCAUCAGAAGGCUGGCCUUCAAUAAGGGUUAAAGUUUUACACUGCAGUGUGUCCUUUUCCUUCCCUCCUUCCCCACCCCUCCCGGGCUACCUUGACAGUUAUCCCCCUAGUUGUGUGAUGAGUUAAUAAAGAAUGCAUGAA